AUGUUUUUUCAGGUGGAUUUAUAUGUUUGUCUUCUUUGUGGGAGUGGAAAUGAUGAGGACCGUUUACUCCUUUGUGAUGGUUGUGAUGACAGCUACCACACCUUUUGUCUUAUUCCUCCUCUCCAUGAUGUUCCCAAAGGUGACUGGAGAUGCCCAAAAUGUCUGGCACAGGAAUGCAGUAAGCCACAGGAAGCGUUUGGAUUCGAACAAGCUUGCCGGGAUUAUACUCUGCGUAUGUUUGGAGAGAUGGCUGAUAACUUCAAAUCUGACUAUUUUAACAUGCCUGUUCAUAUGGUGCCCACAGAGUUGGUAGAGAAGGAAUUUUGGCGACUAGUAAGCACCAUAGAAGAGGAUGUUACUGUUGAAUAUGGAGCCGAUAUUGCAUCUAAGGAAUUUGGAAGCGGAUUUCCUGUUCGGAAUGGAAAGUUUCGUGUAAAGCCAGAAGAUGAGGAGUACCUUGAUUGUGGCUGGAAUCUAAAUAAUAUGCCUGUAAUGGAGCCUUCAGUGUUGACCCAUAUAACAGCUGACAUCUGUGGAAUGAAGUUGCCAUGGCUUUAUGUGGGCAUGUGCUUUUCCUCCUUUUGUUGGCACAUUGAAGACCACUGGAGUUAUUCUAUCAAUUACCUGCACUGGGGUGAGCCAAAGACAUGGUAUGGAGCUCCUGGAUAUGCUGCAGAGCAGCUAGAGGAGGUGAUGAAGAAACUAGCUCCAGAGUUGUUUGUUGCUCAGCCUGACCUACUCCAUCAGUUGGUCACCAUUAUGAAUCCCAAUACCCUGAUGUCUCAUGGUGUGCCGAUAUAUCGAACCAAUCAGUGUGCAGGAGAAUUUGUUAUAACUUUUCCACGUGCUUAUCAUAGUGGCUUUAACCAGGGCUUCAACUUUGCUGAGGCUGUCAAUUUCUGCACAGUGGACUGGCUGCCUCUUGGUCGUCAGUGUGUGGAACAUUAUCGGCACCUUAACAGAUACUGUGUUUUUUCACAUGAUGAGAUGAUAUGCAAGAUGGCUUCUAAAGCUGAAGGACUGGAUGUUGUUCUUGCAUCCUCCGUACAGAAAGAUUUAGCCCUCAUGAUUGAAGACGAGAAGACUCUUCGUGAGGCAGUUCGUAAAAUGGGUGUUGUUGAAUCUGAAAAGAUUGAUCUGGAGUUACUAGCAGACGAUGAACGGCAAUGUGUGAAGUGUAAGACAACCUGCUUCACAUCUGCAGUGUAUUGUCCUUGCAGUCCUAGCAGUCUUGUUUGUCUGUACCAUAUUGAUGCUCUCUACUGUUGUCACCCACACAAUCUUGAUCCCAGGUAUCGCUACACUCUUGAUGAUUUGUACCCCAUGAUGAAUGCUGUGAAGUUGCGUGCAGAAUCCUAUGAUGCUUGGGCUUCUGAGGUUGUUGAUGCUCUUAAAGCAACUACCAAUAAAAAGAGUAAGUUGAAAUGUCUUCGAGUGCUUGUGGAAGAAUCUGAAUCUAGGAAAUUUCCUGAAAAUGACCUUUUACGACACUUGCGUGCCGUUGUGCAAGAUGCAGAGAAAUGCGGAACUCUUGCACAGCAACUGUUGAAUGGAAAACGCCAAACCAGGUUCCGGUCAGGGGGUGGAAAGUCUCAGAAUCAACUAACUGUUGCUGAGCUCAAGUCUUUUGUAAAGCAGCUGCAUUCUCUCCCAUGUAGCAUCAACCAGACACUUCAGCUCAAGGACCUCCUAACCCGCGUGGAGGAAUUCCAAAUGCACAGUCAGAAGCUUUUAGCAACAGAUAUGCCCAGAGCAAGUGAUUUGCAGCAGCUUCUUGAUUCCAGCUUUCAGUUUGACCUGGAAUUACCCUUAGAAAGUUUGCGAGAGCGCCUGGAACAGGCCCGCUGGUUAGAGGAACAACAGCAAGCCUGCCAGGAUCCUGGGACACUGACACUGGAUGUUAUGAGGAGACUUAUAGAUUUGGGUGUGGGCCUGGCUCCUCAUCCUACUGUGGAGAAAGCAAUGGCUGAGCUUCAGGAGCUCCUGACUAUGUCAGAACAUAUGGAUGACCGGUGCAAAAGUCUGCUCAAAGCAAGACCCCGGAAUAAUCUUAGUUCUGUGACUACUGUCCUUCGGGAAGCAGAAAGUGUUCCUGUUUACCUUCCAAGUGUGGAAUCUUUAAGGGAUGCUGUUGAAAGAGCUCGAGAAUGGCUGCAGAAGGUGGAGACAUUGCAGACUGGACCUAGAGUUCCUGUUCUGGAAGGAUUGGUUGAACUUGUGAAUCAGGGUAGAGCAAUUCCUGUCCAUCUUGGUCCUUUGCCAAGACUUGAAGCCCUUGUAGGUGAAGUCCAUUCUUGGACAGAGUGUGCCACCAGCACAUUUUUAACAUCUAACUCUCCCUACACUUUGUUAGAGGUUCUCUGCCCUCGAUGUGAUGUUGGCUCUCCAGGAUUGAAAAGAAAAAUGAGAAAGAUAAAGGAGCAGACCGCUUUGGGGGGAAAGAAGAAAUACCCAAAGCCAGAUGGCCUACUGGAGCUUGAGAAAGCUCUGAAUGAAAGUAAAGACACUGCUACUGCUAUGGCAACUCUGGGUCAAGCAAGACUGCAUGAAAUGGAGUCUUUACAUGCUGUACGCAUGUCUAAUGAGAACAGAAUCUUAUCAAGGGAAGAGCAGAGUGACUGGAAAGUGUGCAUAUGUCAGGGAGCACCCAUUGCCCCCAUGAUCCAGUGUGAGCUGUGUCGAGCCUGCUUUCACUCUAGCUGCAUUACUGCCCCAAAGCAUGGAUCCCAAGUCUGGCUGUGUCCACAAUGUCAUCGCUCAAAGAAACCACCUCUGGAAAAGAUUCUCCCUCUGUUGGCAUCUCUACAACGUUUACGUGUUCGACUACCAGAGGGGGAUGCCCUCCGCUAUCUAAUCGAGAGGACAGUGAACUGGCAGCAUCGGGCACAACAUAUGUUGUCUUCUGGAGAACUAAAACUGGCACAGGAAAGGAUCAGCUCAAGCCAGUUCUACAACAGAUGGCAAGCCACUGCUGGGCAGCUGACAGAGACUUCUAAUGUAAGAGUCUGA